AUGGCUUUUGAUGACUCUCCACCCCCACGAGAGUACACACCUUCAAAGGACGACACUGCCAUCGUGCUCCCCUCGCCACAGCCAUCAACCACUAGAAUUCGCCUAGAAUCUAGCGAAGAAGACAUGCCCAUCAUGUUGCAGCGCAAGUCUCUAAAGCGUGCCGGCAGUGUGCUUCCCCGCGAGCGCGAGCGGCGCAGCCAUGAGGAACCCAAGUAUCGUGAACGUCGCGCCUCCAGCCCGAAAGCCGACUCCAAGCUACUUUUUAAUAAAAACGGCAAACCUUACAAGAGACCCGGACCCCAACCUUGGGCAUCCAAACCCAUCAUGAAGAACGAUAUGGUCGCCAAGAAGGCAGUCAUUCGCGAGAUUGAGAGCUACUGGGGCAAAAGCUUCAUCCGCUCUUACAUCCCCAAAUGUCACCGACCGCUCGUCAAGCGAGGCGCCGAUGGCAAACGCCCCGCUUAUCGUGCCCACGAGACUAAUCCGAAGAAGUGGCUUCCCUCGGUGCUCAAAGCCAUCCUCAUGAUCGCCAAGCUGACCAAGGAUAAAAAGUGGCUCAAAGAUGCCAUGAACGAUGUUGUGCGGUACCGAAUCAAGAAUACGGGGAAUAGGAAGCCUCAGUUGGUUACCACGGACUUUGAUGUCAUUGAGGAUAUGUUGGUGAAAGAUUGGGCGGUCGAUUAUGCGUUUGAGAUUCGGUACAAGCAUUUGCUUGUCAAUCGCAAAGAUCAGCAGGAGACCGAUGAGGAUAUUGAUCAUAUUCUGCAGGUGGCUAAUGAUGACGGCGAUGAGGAAGGUGACGAAAGUGAAGAGGAGAACGAGGACGAUAUGGAUGGUCGAAACGAAGGUGUUAAUCACGACAAUGAUGACGACGAGGGCAUUGAACAUGGUUAUGGUGGAAUCUCCAACAGGUAUCAGUGUUCAAGCGGGUAUAUCAAAGACGAUCAACACACACUAGCCCCUACUCCUCAUCAGCAAGCCGAACAGGAAAAAUUGUCAAGGAACAGUCGCAUCGUGUCUACGCCUGACUCUCCUGGCCCCAUGAAACGCGCCGGCCGAGAAAAGACUUCAUACAGGUAUGGCUCUCCUGCGCCUGGGUGUGACAGCCUAUUAAUGAGUCCCUGGGGCACAACCAUACCUACUCCGUACGGUGGCUAUGGAGGAUUCCACGGCUAUGGCGGCUUCCCAGGCUAUGGCCAGCCUCAAUUAUCCAGUAGAGACAGUAAUCAAGGCCCUCGGCAUCCUAAACCCUAUGGCAUGUACCCGCCUCUUCACCAUAUGUCGCCUAUGCCUGGCAACUCAUACCGCCCGUCUUCAUUCGGAAGCAAUACAAUGGGCCAUGAGGGCCAUGGGUUGUAUGGUUCAGAUCGGCGCUCUCAGGCUCUGUCAGGUGUCCGUCAGGGCAGUAUGCACCCCAAAAUCAAACGCGAGUCGCCUGAUUACGAUGACCCUAUCAUGUCGGUUGGUGAAAUCAGCGGCCCCCAGACCGAUUUGGGUGCUGGCAUGAACCAGGAGGAUGAGGAUCUCGAUGGCGAGUUGGAAGUCGCAGAGCUGGAACUCAAGCUUGCGCGCCUGAGGGCGAAAAAAGCGGCUCAGAAGAAGGCGAGAUAA